CCAACCCAAAUCUAAAAUAAAGAGAUAAACAAAGGACACGAGCACAUUCAAGCUUGAACAUCAUCAUCUUCACCUGCCAAGAAUGGCCAAUCAUCUCAACCCAGCCUCCUCCUCCUUGCUCUUGCUUUUCCUGACAAUCACUAUUACUCUAUCACCAUCAGUCAUCAAAACUGAGGCCAGAAACCUUCUCCAGGCUGUCCCCCCUCAAAGCCCUGAUCUACCUAAGAAGCCUGAUAAUCUGCCAAAACCAGAUGCCGUAGUACCACAGGCUCCAAAGCCUUUUGAAAUUCCAGCUUUGCCAAAGCCUAAACUUUCAGAUAGUCCAAAGCCUUCUACCAUGCCAGAGCUCCCAAAACCUCCUGAGAUACCAACUUUGCCAAUACCCAAAGUUCCAGAGAUUUUAAAGCCUAUAAUUCCAGAUAUUCCAAACCCUAUAGCUCCAGAGGUUCCAAACCCAAAAGUUCCAUUGAUUCCAAAACCUCCCCAGUUGCCAAAGAUUCCAAACUCUGAAGUUCCAGAGCUCCCAAAACCUACUGCGAUACCAACUGUUCCAGAGAUUCCAAAGUCACCUCAGAUGCCAGAGAUUCCAAAGCCACCUCAGAUGCCAGAGACUCCAAAGCCCAAAGUUCCAGAGAUUCCAAACCCGAUUCAGGUACCAACUUUGCCAAAGCCGAUACUUCCAGAGAUUCCAAAGACUUUGAACGUGCCAGAACCCGCUGAGGCACCAAUUUUGCCAAAGUCAAAUGCCCCAGAGAUUCCAAAGCCAUUUGAGAUGCCAGUGCUUCCAGAACCUAAGAUACCAACUUUACCCAAGCCUCAAGUGCCAGAGCUUCCAAAAGAUGUGAUACCAACUCUGCCCAAGGUUGAGGUGCCAGAGAUUCCCAAGCCAGAGCUGCCAACCAUUCCUUCAAAGCCAGCUGAGGCACCAAUACUCCCCAAGUCCCCACAAAAUAUUCCAAAACCAGAGAUGCCGAAAACCCAGCCAGUCCCAAACAAGCCAUGAAUUGCCAAAACUUCAUUCUUUAACACCCUACAGUAUUAUGUAUUUGCAUAUCAUAUAAAGUUAAACCCCCUGAUGCAUGCGUGUAGUCGUUUUUAAUUCGUCUGUGUGCGUCUCAUGUAUGUCUUCUGUUCUGUAGUAAAUAAUAGUAAUAUAGUCUGUAAUAAUCGCGUGUGCGCAUAUUUGUACUUCACGCAGUCUGUUUUGUCAAUAUUAAAUUAAUGUUAUGUUACAAUUAUGUUUUGUUAUAGUGUUGAGCAGAUUUUAAGCAGAUUUGACUAUGUGCGGGCAUUCCGGU